CCUACAGGUGUGAGUGUGCAGGUAUAUAAGUGCGCCCUGCGGGACUCACUGACUAAACCUCAGCUCUGUCUGUGUGAGUCAUGCUUCAUCAGUGGAAAACGAUGUGGAGCCCCUUGGCUCUGUGGUUUUUGGUGGUCCGCUGCAUGUCUAUGCCAGAGGACCGCAGCUUCUCCCCGACAAUUUUGCCCCCUGACACCCUGCCACUUGACCCUGGAGUGACUCCAGGACAAAUCCCUGACCUUUCCUACUGCCAGAUGCUUCUGGAGGCUCCAGUGCCGCCCCCUGCUGACCAGGUGCCCUGGUUCUGUAUGUGCUCAACCUGCCCCAACAACAUGGGGCAGAAGGGAGAACGAGGAGACCGUGGACUACCAGGAAUUCCAGGCCACUCUGGGCCAAGGGGGCUUAUGGGAGUCCGCGGCCCACCGGGGUUGACUGGUCGUCAGGGGUUAAAGGGUCAGAAAGGUGAAGAGGGAGUGAAAGGUGAUCUAGGUGUAGUGGGACCCCAGGGCACCAAGGGAGAACCUGGACCAAAAGGCGAUAAGGGUGAGCCUGGUGUGGAUGGGCCAGCAGGUGACCCUGGUCCGAAGGGAGAGGAUGGUCAGUGCCCAGUCAACUGUGAGAGUGUGCAGGGGCCUCCAGGUGAGCCUGGUCUGCCAGGCCCUGCAGGUCCCCCUGGAAUACCCGGGCUAAAUGGCGAUCCAGGUGCGAGGGGUCUGAAGGGUGAUCCUGGAAUUGUGGGCACCCCUGGCAUCCCCGGUACUCCUGGUCAGAAAGGAGAGCAGGGCUUAGAGGGCAACUGCAGCUGCCAUGACGGAGCCAAGGGGGACACAGGGCCUGUGGGGUCAAAGGGAGAAAAGGGGGAGGAGGGUAUGGCUGGACCUCAAGGGAUGCAAGGGGAGACAGGGCCUAAAGGUGAUCAGGGUGAUAUGGGAAUGAUGGGAAUUCCUGGUCCAUGCAGCCCCACUGUCCAAUCAGCUUUCUGUGCUGCGAUGAAUACCGUGCUCCCGCCCCCCAACUUUCCAGUGGCCUUCACGCGGGUCAUCUACAACCUGCAGCAGCACUACAACCCAACCACUGGUAUCUACACGGCACCCGUUAAUGGCACCUACAUCUUCAGCUACCACCUUGUCGCCUUCGGGCGCAUUCUCAAGGUCGGUCUGUUCUGGAACUUCCAGCCUGUGGUGAAGAGCACAGAGGUGACCGAGCUGGGCUCCACCUCUCAGCAGGUGACACUGCACCUGAGUGAGGGAGACAGGGUGUGGCUGCAGGUGCGUGACACCGGCAGUAAUGGCUUGUACACGAGCAGUGAGUCCAGCAGUACCUUCAGCGGAUACCUGCUGUACCCGGACAGCUGCGACGUGAUAUUUGGCCGAGAGUUCCACAAACCAGAGCCAGAGACAGAUGAAGUUUACAGCUGGGGGGAAAUUGACACAACCAGCCUUCAACCUUAA